UCCUCUUCCUCAUCUUUCCUUGUUGGAGGUGAAGAAGUUACCAAUUUCUUGUAGAUUUUCUAAGCGGCUGCAAAGUAUUCGUCGAAGCAGGAAACGUCCAACGCCUCUAUAUCCGAUUUUCGCCGUCGAGAUCAAUAAUCUGAUGGCAGAUAUGAACAAGCUAUACCCUGAGAUCGAAGUCCUGGAUUUGAAGCAGAAGGAAUCGGCAACGCCUGUGGCAGAAUACGUGUCUAGGGUUUCUACUGUCCUCGAUGACGAUAAUAAGGGCGCUCGGUUGCAGAAAGAAUAUGAUAAUUCAUUCAGCGAAAGUGAUGAGAAUAAUGGUUUUCUUCCUUUAAUUGAUUAUCCUUCUACCCGACAAAACAACCAUGCUCCAGAGUGCUUUAACCACGCCACCAAUGCUUCCGAAAACCGGAAGUUAGGUAGAUAUUUCUACUAUGAUACACCAUAUAACGAGGAUACUGGUGUUUGGAUUCCUGUUUCGAUACCACCCAUGUCAGCUAGUGAUCACGAGGAAUUCAGCCAAGGUUUCUUGACCAAUGGGGCAUAUUUUCCUGAUGGGGAUAUUACUUGGUCUCAGCUUGCUGGGGAACACAAGGAGAUGACUAUGUGGGAUGUUGUGUCAGAGAUUCUGCUUGCUAGCCGAGUAAAGGUGGCUUCCCUAUCUAUGGGUGAGUUACGAAGCAGUAAAUUGCCUUGGAUCCCAAAUGAACUAUUGGAGCAUGCGUGGAAUGAGAUGGCACAUACUCUUACAGAGGCUAGCUUUGGAAAUGCUAAGGAAAUUCUUGAUGCAGAGCCACCUAUGUGGCUAGCUGAUAGUGCGGCAGCAGCCUGUAUGCUUUGUAAUGUGAAAUUUCAUCCGAUUAUGUGUUCUCGACAUCACUGCCGUUUCUGUGGUGGGAUAUUUUGUAAUGAAUGUUCGAAGGGUAGGUGUUUGCUUCCCUCUAAAUUCCGGAUUUGGGACCCCCAAAGGGUUUGUGAUGUCUGCUCUGUGCGUCUAGAAUUUGUUCAGCCUUAUCUUAUGGAUCAAGUUAGCCGGGCAUCACAGUUGCCAACUCAUGAUCUCACAGAUCUCAGCACAUUACGAUCAUGGUUGAACUUUCCAUGGUGCCAGUCCAUGGAGUAUGAGAUCUAUAAGGCAGCUAAUACAGUUCGUGAUUACAAUAAGGUGGGUUCUUUGAAACCGGAAAAGUCCAUUCCUGUUGCCAUUCUUAGACAAGCGAAAGGCCUUGCCAUACUAACUGUUGCAAAGGUUGGGAUGAUGGUUACAUAUAAUGUUGGGACUGGGUUGGUAAUUGCUCGUCGUGAUGAUGGUUCCUGGUCACCGCCAUCAGCUAUUUCUACCUUUGGCAUUGGGUGGGGAGCACAGGCUGGUGGGGAGUUGACUGAUUUUAUUAUUGUUCUUAAAACAAAAGAUGCUGUUAAGAACUUCAGUGGCAAUGCUCAUAUUUCACUAGGUGCUGGCAUCAGUGCAGCAGCUGGAAUUGUUGGGAGAGCAGCUGAGGCUGAUCUGCAUGCUGGGGCUGGUGGUUUUGCUGCUUGCUACACAUACAGCAGAAGUAAAGGUGCAUUCUUGGGUUGCUCACUCGAAGGCAGUAUGCUAACCACAAGAACAUUGGAAAAUUGCCGCUUCUAUGGUUCUUCAACAAUUAAUGCUUCGGAUAUCCUUCUUGGCACAUUGCCCAGGCCUCCUGCAGCCGCUCUUCUGUACAAUGCUCUUUCUGAUUUAUUCCAGAAGCUGAAAACCUGAUCAAUCAGUUAAGUUUGAUUAGCUCCUCAUAUGCCACUGAAUAUUUGACUCUCAUCUUUCAUGGAUCAGUGUUGAUUUUGCUUAUCCAUUUUCAUCCCAAUUCUUUGGUUUUCUGUAAAUAUGCAAGCUUCUUAAUGCAUGUACAGUUAAAUAACGAAAAAAAGUUUGAUUUUUCUAUAAGUAAAUUAUUCUGUAUUGAUUGAA